UCGAUCGGACAAGCCACGACACAUGUCUUAAUGCUAACAAAGAAACUCUCUCUCUCUCUCUCUCGUCUCUCAAAGUUCUCACCUUUUGAGAACAGGAGAUCUUCUUCAUCCUCUCUUUACAGUUUACAUCACUCUCACUUAACCAUCUUUAAGCUCUCACCUUUUUGUUCCGUCUCUGGAGAAAACCGAACAUAACAUGAGAAAGACAUCUGUUUCAUCUUCUUCUAGCAGCUUCGGUGGGUUUCUAAGUCCCGGAGCUCCUCCCAGCUAUACCGAUAACAACAAAGGAUGGAGCUCCGAGAGAGUUCCACAUCCUUCUUCCUCUUCUUCCACUUCCACAAUUAACGCCCCUCGUCGCCGCAUCGGCUCCGCCUCCGCUUUAACGACGCCGUUUUACGGCGGCAGAGGGAUACCGUCGAAAUGGGAAGACGCUGAGCGGUGGAUUUGUAGCCCCGCGGUGACAACAAACCCUCAGAGACGGCAGAAGUCCAAAAGCGGUCCCAUUGCUCCUCCUCCUCCCGCGCUGCCUCAUCCGAGGAUGACGAUGAUGAUGAGGGCGGUGGAAGCUCCUCCUCAGGGGAAUUCGAAGAAGGGUUUGAUGGUGGUUGGCUCGCCGUUCUCCACGGGUGUUUUGGAGGCGGAGAGGGUGUUCAGAGGGAGUGUCGGUGGUGGGCAUGGACAUAGCCAGAGCUGUGCUGAUUUGAUGAGUGAAGAAGAAACUUCAUCACUUAGCUCCAAAACUGAUACUGUUUAUGCAGAGGAGAAAGAAGAGGUGAUUACAAGAAGAGAUAUAGCUACUCAGAUGACUCCUAAUAAUAAUCAUCAUUCUCCUCAAGAGCUAUCUGUUUCUGUGAUUGAGCCUCCUCCUUGUAGAGUAGGUGGUGGGGAAGUGAGAGAAGUGAAGAUGGAUAAAGGAGCAAGGUUGAUCAAGCAUCCCAAGAGAAGAGUUAUGUCUUCUUCUUCUAGGAUUAUCAGGAGAGAUCAUCAACCUGAGGCUGAACCCAACUCUGCUUCAUGGGAUAUCUCAGAACCAGCCAUGACUCUUUUUAAGUUGCAUAGAGAAGAAGCGAAGAUAGCAGCUUGGGAGAAUCUCCAGAAGGCUAAAGCAGAAGCUGCCAUGAGAAAGCUAGAGGUGAAGCUGGAGAAGAAGAAGUCAGCGUCAAUGGAUAAGAUCUUGAACAAGCUCCAAACAGCUAAACUGAAAGCACAAGACAUGAGGAGAAGUACUACAGCAUCUAGUGGUGACCAUGGAAAAGAAGAACAGAUCUCAAGAAACUCAGCGAAGAUCACUACUCAUCUUGUAAGAAGACAUACUUUCAUGUCACCUUUCAUGACUUGCUUUGCUCCUCGUGUUGAUUGCAGAAAAUCUUCAUCUGCUCUCUAAAUUUGGUUCUUUCUAAAAACACAAAACAAAAGAGCAACAAAUGUACAAUGCAAAUGUUCUUGUAAAGCUUUGUCUGUUUUAAAUU